AUGGAAUAUUUACCCAGUCUUCAACAGGAGUUUGACGAGCUCAAGCCGUCUCUGUUCGAACUCCUCGCCGAACAGCAACUGUCGGACCUUCUCCCUCCAUCUAUUCGAUAUAUCCUUGCGGUUGCCACUCACCGCCAUCCUCGAUACCUGCUGCGGAUACUGAAUUCUUACGAUGAGAUUUACGCACUUCUAUCUUUGCUAGUUGAGCGGUACUAUCUCCGAAAUUUUGGAGGCUCUUUCACCGAGAACUUCUACUCUCUCAAGCGUGAGCGCGUUCUCAGGACCAAGAAUGGCGAGAUCCCACGCGCCCAGCUCGGCGCCCCAGGCCCCGUCCGUGAGACACUUAAACUGCGUUCCUCAGAUGUAUGGAAGAACCUGCUCAUCAUGGUCGGUAUCCCGUACCUGAAAUGCAAGCUAGACGAAGGCUACGAUAUCCACGCCGCCCCCCAGGCCUCGCUGAUCAUGAGCGGCGGACCCCGAUAUGACCCCAAUGACGACCUCCCACCAAACCCAACAAUCCGGCAGCGAUUACUCCACUACUAUAAGUGGUUCCUUCGAAACGUAUACCCAUCCGUCAACGCCGCUUACUACUUCUCUAUCCUAGCCUUCAAUCUAGCCUACCUAUUUGACAACACGAAAUAUUCCUCCCCAUUCCUUUGGCUCAUCGGCACCCGAAUUCGCCGUCUUGGUGGCGCUGACCAUAAGGCCAUUGCAGACAUGCUGGAAGCGAAGCCAGCCGCUGGCCCCGGUGGCCGGGGACGCUCCCGCCCAGGCUCCGGCCUGCUGGGUCUGCUGAGCCCCCAGAACCUCUACCCUCAACUCCUGUCAUCUCUCCGCUACUUCCUCCCCGCAUCUAUCUUCGCCCUGAAGUUCCUUGAAUGGUGGCACGCGAGCGACUUCUCGCGCCAACUAGCCCGCAAAGCAACCGAAGUCCUGGACUUACCGGCCCCGGUCACGAACGGAAUGGUUCUCCCUUCGGAGAGAAAGAAGCUUGCCGAAGAGAAAGAGAAGAAGAAACAAGAACCUGACUCGCCGACGCGCAAAUCGGCCCUCAAAUCUUCACGCAAACGCAUCCAACCGCCUAUCUCGGCCACCUCAUACUUACCCAUCUUUACUGUCCCUCUCCCACCCCCGGACUCGGAUGCGGCAUCUACCUGUCCUAUCUGUCUCAGCCAGCUGGCGAACCCGACUGCGUGCCAGACGGGGUAUGUCUUUUGUUAUGUGUGUGUCUUCCAUUGGCUUAACGGGGAACAUCAAAGACAAAUUGACUUCAUGAAUGGGGAGGACGCAGGCACCACGUGGGGGGAUGAGUCCGAGGAUGAAGAGGCAAAGAAGGGUGAUGAGGAGAAGGCCGGUGAACAGGGUCAGAGUCGGGAGGGCAAAUGGGAAAGUGGGAAGGGCAGGUGUCCCGUGACGGGAAGAAGAGUGCUGGGUGGCACGGAAGGCUUGAGACGAGUAUUGAUUUAG